ACAAAACAUUUCCAUCCCGAGUCACCGUUAGGGGAAAAAAAGUAAUAUUUCGCUCCUGAAACUCCCUGUUCUCCGUAGUUUCUUCGUGCAUGUCUGGCUCAAGCGAGAGAGUGAAUCGCAUCUCUUCGUUCUAUUCCUUUAGAACGAUCACCAGCUAAACGACACCGGUGCCUCAGUUCUGGAUCAAAAUCAGUGGUUCAUUAUGAUAGUUGAGAGUGACGAGUGCGCGUGCUAGAGGAAAGUAAUCUCGGUAAAACAAUGAGCGAAGGACCAAAGCUUUACACCAACAAACCCAAGAAAGCGCAGCUGAAGCAAUGCCAAGUUCAACAACAAGGUAAGGGUUUCACUUCACCAUCACCAUCUACGGCAUCUUUGUCAACACCAGCAGCGGCUGCACAAUCUUCUGCAGCAGCAUCAUACAAGAUGGGGUCUGCACCUCCGCCACCACCUCAGCCGCCAAAGGAAUCUUUUGCCCGCCGUUAUAAGUUCCUUUGGCCCAUUCUUUUGACUGUCAAUAUUGCUGUUGGAGGUUACCUAUUCAUGAGAACCAAGAAGAAAGAUACCAGUAGUGUUGAGGAAGAAGUUCCAAAAGAUGUUCCUUCAAAUCCAGCUGCUAUGACUGCCAAAAUUGCAGAGGAAACUAUGCUAGCUAUCAAAAUGCCCACAAGGCGAGAGCCAAUUCCCGAGGAUCAGCAGCGUGAACUUUUCAAGUGGAUGUUGGAGGAGAAGAGGAAGGUUAAACCAAAGGAUCCUGAAGAAAAGAAGCAUAUCGAUGAAGAGAAAGCAAUUCUCAAACAAUUUAUUCGAGCCAAGUCCAUUCCAAGUAUCUAGUAAGACUUCCCAAAGGAAUUCUGUUUGAUUCUCUUUAAAUCUUCAGGUGUUUUUGGUUACUCCAUGUCGAAGUUGCAGAAUGAUGCAGACUUAAACCAUGUCAGGUAGAUGUUGCCCUGUGGAUUUUUUGGUUCCUACUUGGAAAUUUUUUUUUUCAAGUAGACUUAGACUAUGUUUCAAGGCUUGUGAUAAAGGCUCCUAUUUGGAAUUUUUUUUUUCUUUUAAUCGUUCGACGGGGAUCUGGCCGUUGAAGAGCUUGACCUCUUGAACCCUUGUCCAGGCUCGUUGGAGGGUUGAGCAAAAUACAACCCAAGUUCGAGCCCGCUUAUCAAAAAAAAUAAUAAUAAAUUUGUGUAUA